ACAGGCUGAGUGCACAGAGGAACCGCCCACGAACACAAACGGUAUUUCUUCACACUCAACGGUUUUAGUUUCUAUCGGAGAUGAGUGCUGCAGAGCCUGCAGACGCUUUUGUGUGCAUGCUCAGUACCACAGACAGCCUGCAUGAGGUCAAGAUGGGUAAAAAGCUCCAAGGAAAAUGUCUCAGAAUCGUCUCCCCAGUGUCUCCUGCUAGGCUUUACUGCUGCUAUGCAGUGAUCAUCGUCCUCACUGGAGCUGUGGUUGCACUUUCUGUGGCUCUGUCAUUGUCAGUAAGAAAGUCAGAAGAGGUCUCAAUCAAAAAUACUCAUGGUUCUUGCCCAAGAAACUGGAUUGGAUUUGGGAGUAAAUGUUUUUAUUUUUCUGAAGACACAAGUAACUGGACAUUCAGUCAGAACUUCUGCAUGGAAUUAAAUGCACAGCUAGCUCGAUUUGACAACAUGGAGGAGCUGAAUUUCCUGAGGAGAUACAAAGGGACCUUUGGCUACUGGAUUGGCCUGCACAGAGAGUCACCACAGCACCCUUGGAGGUGGAUGGACAACACGGAAUAUAACAGCUCGGUUCCCAUCCGAGGAGUGGAAGACUAUGCCUACCUGAACAGCAACAGGAUCAGCAGUGCCAGGAUCUAUGCAGACAGGAGAUGGAUCUGUAGCAAGCCCAACAACUAUAUCCUCGAAUGCCAAAUUCCUUUUGCUUCUUCCUAGUCUUUGUCAAAAGAUGUUUUGUAACCUGGUAUCAAUAGAUGCUGCUCUUUUUCCCAUCUUCCAACAUUGUUAUAAAAAAAAACCUGAAUAUUUGCUGGCAUCACAAAUGAAAAUCAUCUUGGAGAACGGCACAUACAGAGGUUUAGUACAACACAUGCAUCUAAAAUGGGUGUUGGCACUCAUGCCUUAAGCCUCAGUACAAUUAGUGUUAGUGAAUCCCACUUUUAUGAUAUAAGGAAUUUUGUGCAGACUGUCAUACUUAUGAGAAUAUGAGACCACCAAAAUGAGUUCUCCAAAGUGCACUUGCCCUUGGACUUUAAUAAUGAAAAGCAUCAGGUAGCAGUGAUGACGUGACCCUUUAAUCCCAGAGGCUUGUGAAGUCUUUUGCUUGUUUGUCUGUUUGUUUGUUUUCAAGACAGGGUCUCUCUGUGUAGCUUAGCUACUCUGGAACUUACUCUGUAGACCAGGCUGGCCUUAAACUCACAGAGAUUUGCUUGACUCUGAACCCCAAGUACUGGAAUCAAAGGAGUGUGCCAACACUGUCGGUCAUAAAUUUUAUUUUUAAUAUGGUCUUUCCACUUACCCUCAACCUGUGACCGUUUGCAAGAAGCUGUGAUCACAGGUUUGCUCACCACACCAUACAUUCUGCAUUUCAGUGUUAAACUGCAAAUACCUGUUAAAUAAUACAUUGUAUUUUUGUUAUGUCUAUACUUUAUUUUUUAUUGGAUGAAUAAAGAAUAUUUCAUUUUGGAA